UAGAGACAAUCACACUCACUAGACACACAAACACUUUGGACACAGACAUUCCUCAGGGACAUACUUAUUGUCCUGACAGAAGAGAUCCUUCUGGGUACUGGACCCUCCCGUGGUGGGCCUUCUGGACUGAAACAGAGCAGGAGACAGAGUACCACAUUGAGCAUCAUCAGUGCAGCUCAAAGCCAGAAGGGCUCUCCAGACUUUUGGAAAAUUAACAGUAACUAACCUCUUGAGAAACUAACUGCUGCACAGCCAUGAGGGUUUUCAACCUGCUCUACCUGCUCCUGCUGCUCGUAGCCAUUGUGGCAUCAGUCUCCUCCGCACCAGUCUCCUCCGGCAGACCAGGUAAGCAUCCCAAAACCUUUCACAUCCAGAUGUCACGAUUGGUUGGGCAGGUGUCCGUUAGGAUCGUUCAUAGUCACUUAAAACCAAGUUUCUAUGGUUUAAACACAGCCCGGAACUUCAACAGAGUUCUAAAUCGCUGCACAGCAGUGCCAAGUGUAAAGAAGCCUACCUUCAGGCGUGGGGAGCGGUUUCUUUCAGAGGAGAGAGAAGAUGUCCUCUACCUAAGGAGAAAAUACCACAGACACCACUACUGCCCCCACAGAAGAUGCAUGCCUCUCCACUCCAGAGUACCCUUCCCCUAAGGUUGAAGAAUGAGGGUGACAUAAGGAGACAAAUGUGAAUAUGAAGCAACUGCAGUGUGUGGCCCAAACACCAUGGAUGGGUCUCAGUACAAAGACAUAGACUGUGAAGUGGAGGGGACACCAUGCCAAUGCCCUCCAAAAACACAGAAAGAAACAACAAAUAUAAACCAAGCAUUGUUUUGGCAUCCCGGUGGCCACAGAUGUUGGUCUGUCCAGUUGCAAGCGUCUUCCCUCUUCGUCAUCAAAAGCCAACGCUUUUGUACCGAACAAGAACAAGGGAAAAGGAGCUACAACAUCAAGUAUAUUCGACGCUCGACUUAAAAGCUACGGACCAAAGAGCUGGAAACAUCUUAGUGACUGCAGCUACGAUGAACAGCAUCCACAGUAUUCCUACAAAGUGUUUAUUAUGCAUGU